AAAGAUUGUUACUUGCUUUGCUCCUUGUUUCUGUAUCUAUAUGCGAGAGCACAGUCGAAUGCCCAGUUAUUGGUAUUGACUUGGGUACUACUUACUCAUGUGUUGGAGUGUUCAGAUAGGGACAUGUUGAGAUCAUUCCAAAUGAAUUGGGAAAUAGAAUCACACCUUCAGUCGUUUCCUUCACAGAUCAAGAGAGGAUUGAUUGGUGAGGCUGCUAAAAACUAGGCUGCCACCAAUCCCAGCAGAACCCUUUAUGAUGUCAAGAGAUUGAUAGGCAGAAAAUUCUCAGACUCCACAAUCCAAUAUGACAAGAAGUUCUUGCCAUUUGAGAUUAUCGAUAGAGACGGCAAGCCUUACAUUUAAGUGGAGAAGGGUACCUAAUCAAAGGUGUUCGCUCCUGAGGAGGUGAGUGCAAUGGUGUUGUCCAAGAUGAAGGAAAUUGCUGAGGGUUAUUUGGGUCAAAAUGUUAUCAAUGCAGUCGUGACAGUUCCAGCAUACUUUAAUGAUGCUUAAAGACAAGCCACAAAGGAUGCAGGAAACAUUGCCGGUUUGAAUGUAGUUAGAAUUUUGAAUGAACCAACUGCUGCAGCUAUUGCUUAUGGUUUGGAUUCAAAGUAAGUCGAAUCUAACAUCUUGGUUUUCGAUUUGGGAGGUGGUACUUUCGAUGUGUCCAUUUUAACAAUUGAUAAUCAAGUGUUUGAAGUCAUCUCUACAUCAGGAGAUACACAUUUGGGAGGUGAAGAUUUCGAUCAAAGAUUGAUUGAUCACUUCAUCAAGUUGGUGUAGAAGAAGUACUCAAAGGAUGUUUCAGGAGACAAGAGAGCAAUCUAAAAAUUAAAGAGAGAAGUUGAAAAAGCCAAGAGAAGACUCUCUGCAGCUCAAGAAGCCAAAGUAGAAAUCGAAGAUUUGGUUGAAGGAUUAGAUUUCAGUGAGGUCUUGACAAGAGCCAAAUUCGAAGAAUUGAACAGUGAUUUGUUUAGAAAGACUAUUGAACCAAUGUAGACAGCUUUGAAUGACUCAGGAUUAAAGAAGAGUCAAAUCGAUGAAAUCGUACUUGUUGGUGGAUCUUCUCGUAUUCCAAAGGUCAGAUAACUCGUGAAGGAGUUCUUUGAAGGCAAAGACCCAAAUACAGGUAUCAAUCCAGAUGAAGCCAUUUGUUAUGGUGCUGCCAUCCAAGGAGGUUUGAUCUGUGGGAGAGAAAUCUGAUGCAACUGACGGUUUGGUCGUUAUUGAUGCCACUCCUUUGAGUUUGGGUAUCGAAACAGUCGGA